AUGACUACUUGUAUAGAACUAAUCGUGUAUUUAGAGCCUUCAGCAGAGUUCAAGCAUCAAGUCGAGCAUUUCCUGGACAGCUGCAAAACGAAGUAUGGACCUACAACAGCUAACAAAUAUGGCUGCCACAUUACAAUGACUGGAUUUUUCAAUGUGGACACAGAGGAUGAUGAGAUGCGAGUAAAACAGUUGCUCGAUGCAUCACUGAAAGAUUUACACAAGGCGUCUCCUCCUUCUCCUCAAGUAGAGCGAAAAAGUCUUCUCGCUAGAAACAAGACUACUCAGGAACCCAUUCACCUUUUACUUCCUAUAUCAGUCUCUGAAGAUUUUCAUGUUGCUAUGGAGAACUUGUCUCGAAAAUGUGCCAGCAUAGCAACGCUUCGACUAAAGAAGAUCAAUCACAUCAGUUUGGCUUAUUGGGACGAGCCAGAAGCAACACAAGAGCAGCAGGAACACUGGCGUCUUGCUGUUGCUGAGCAAGGGCUCUUUGAAAACAUCCAACAUGAUGCGGAUAUGUACUUUGGUGGUGUCAAGGAUCCACUUUAUUGGGAUGUGGUGCUCUAUCAAAGAGCGCAGAAAGGGAGUUUGGUUGGCGAAUCGCAUGUGUUUCGGGAAUUGGGUCGAUGGAGGGUAUAA